GAGGACAGAGGGAUUACACACUUUGCUGGGGGAUCAUACAAGGAAUUAACAGCAGCAGCCAUGGUGGAUGCAGCUGCAGCAGAGCAGUUCCUGGACGCCAACCCAGCAUUUGCAAAGCAGUACUAUGACAUAAACCUGAAGCCCAAAAUCAUCUCAGACCUGCUGGACAGCAACCGCCAGCCUGUGUUGGACGUCCGGACCUUCCAUGAGCUGACCAUGGUGGAUGAGAGUGAGAUUCUUUUCGACCUGGUACGGGACAUACAGGACAACUUGCAGACUGAGCGCUCCGUCUUCAAGCUCAUGAAACACCUCAGCUUCAUGAUGAGGGCCGACCGCAUGAGCCUCUUCAUGUACCGGCAGAGGAACGGCGUGGCUGAGCUCGCCACAAGAUUAUUCAACGUUCAUAAAGAUGCAAUAUACGAGGAAUGCCUGGUGCAGCCUGACAGUGAGAUUGUGUAUCCGCUGGACAUGGGCAUCGUGGGCCAUGUUGCCACAAGCAAGAAGAUGGUCAAUGUUCCUGAUGUAUCGCAGAGUUCACAUUUCAGUAACUUUGUUGAUGAGCUGACCGAGUAUCAAACCAAAAACAUCCUCGCCAUCCCCAUCAUGAACGGCAAAGACAUGGUGGCUGUUAUGAUGGCGGUCAAUAAGUUGGACGGACCGUGCUUCACUGCCAAGGAUGAGGAGGUGUUGAACAGAUAUCUUAACUUUGCCAACCUGAUCCUGAGAGUUUUCCACCUGAGCUACCUGCACAGCUGCGAGACCAGAAAGGGUCAGGUGCUGCUUUGGUCGGCCAGCAAGGUGUUUGAGGAGCUGACAGACAUUGAGAGACAGUUCCACAAGGCCUUGUAUACAGUGAGAGCUUUCCUAAACUGUGACCGCUACUCUGUCGGUCUGCUAGACAUGACCAAGACCAAGGAGUUCUUUGACAUGUGGCCCAUAUUGAUGGGAGAAGCUCCACCAUACGAUGGACCCAAGACUCCUGAUGGCAGGGAAAUUAUCUUCUACAAAGUGAUUGACUACAUCCUCCACGGUAAAGAGGACAUUAAAGUCAUUCCAGGUCCUCCAGAUGACCACUGGGCCCUCGUCAGCGGUUUACCCACUUAUGUUGCAGAAACUGGGCUGAUUUGCAACAUCAUGAAUGCUGCUCAGGAUGAUUUUUUCAAAUUCCAGGCAGAGCCGCUAGACGAGUCUGGCUGGACCAUUAAGAAUGUCCUGUCUAUGCCUAUUGUCAACAAGAAAGAAGAGAUAGUGGGCGUGGCCACGUUCUAUAACAGGAAGGAUGGGAAACCCUUUGAUGAAAUGGAUGAAACGCUAAUGGAGUCUCUGACCCAGUUCCUGGGCUGGUCCGUGCUGAACACUGACACAUACGACAAGAUGAACAAGCUGGAGAACAGGAAGGACAUCUUCCAGGACAUGGUGCUGUACCAUGUCAAGUGUCGCAAGGAUGAAAUCCAGAACGUACUGAACACCAGAGAGAGAUGGGGGAAGGAACCGGAUGAGUGCGAGGAGGAGGAACUUCAGGAAAUUCUGUCAGAGGUUCUGCCAAACGCCAAGAAAUCUGAGAUCUACGAGUUCCACUUCUGCGACUUUGAGCAUACAGAAUUGGAUCUGGUGAAAUGUGGCAUCAAGAUGUACUACGAGCUGAAAGUGGUAGACAAGUUUCACAUUCCCAGAGAGGUCUUGGUCAGAUUUAUGUACUCACUCAGUAAAGGCUACAGGAAGAUCACCUACCACAACUGGAGACAUGGAUUCAACGUUGGACAGACCAUGUUCACUCUGCUGAUGACAGGUGAUCUCAAGCGUUACUACACAGACCUGGAGUGCAUGGCAAUGGUGACUGCCGGCUUCUGUCACGAUAUCGACCACAGAGGAACCAACAACCUUUACCAGAUGAAGUCGGGUAAUCCUCUGGCCAAACUUCACGGCUCUUCCAUCCUGGAGAGACACCAUCUGGAGUUCGGCAAGACUUUAUUGAGGGAUGAGGCCCUGAACAUUUAUCAGAAUCUGAACCGCCGCCAGCAUGACCUCGUCAUCCACCUCAUGGAUAUCGCAAUCAUCGCCACAGACUUGGCUCUCUAUUUCAAAAAGAGAACAAUGUUCCAGAAGAUUGUUGACCAAUCAAAAACCUACGAGAACUGGAAUGAUUGGACCAAAUACAUGAUGCUUGAGACCACCCGCAAGGAGAUUGUCAUGGCCAUGAUGAUGACUGCAUGCGAUCUCUCUGCCAUUGCUAAACCUUGGGAGAUCCAGAGCAAGGUGGCGCUGUCUGUGGCUGCAGAGUUCUGGGAGCAGGGAGACCUGGAGAGGACCGUCUUGGAACAGCAACCUAUUCCCAUGAUGGACAGAAACAAAGCGGACGACCUACCAAAGCUGCAGUGUGGUUUCAUUGACUUUGUUUGCGCUUUUGUAUACAAGGAGUUCAGCCGUUUCCACGUGGAGAUCACCCCCAUGUUGGACCGUCUCCUAAACAACAGGAAGGAGUGGAACGCCCUCAAGGAGGUGCAUGAGGCCAAACUGGCGGCCAUUGAAGCCGAGAAGAAGGCCAAAGAGGAAGAAGCUCAGACCGCUGCAGCAGCUAAACAAGCGGCAGCUGCAUCCCAGUCGAAGACCUGUAUUCUGAGCUAG